CGGCGAGCUCUCGUUCAUCAACAACACCACUCCUCUCACCCUCACUGAUACCCCUUACCAAACCUUCUAUCUUCCUGCUCCACUACACACAAGACGAAGACGCUUUUUUAAGAGACAUAUAUAUAAAGGGACCAGAGACAUUCAUCCAGCCACACCACACUCGUCACCAUGUCUAACUCCAAGAAGAGAGCUGCACCGAGCCAGGACAGCGAGGGCCAGGUGAAGAAGCAGAAGAAGAAGUCGGCGUACCACGUCGACGAGACGCUCUUGAACGCCGAGCUGGGGAUCAACGAGGCCUUUGCCGUCAUGGACAACCAGCUGUUAGCCGACUACACCGCCCAGAAGAUUGCCCGGUUCGGCACGGAUCUGAGCCCUGUGGAGCUUUCCGACCUAUCCAUCUCAGCAAAUGCCAUCAAGGAUGCGACGUCAUGGACGGAGCCCAGAGCGCUGGAAAAGCUGCCCGAGUUCCUGGAAAAGUUCGCCGAGAAGCCCGAGAGGCUGGGCACGGCGCCGGAGAAGAAGGGUGCGCCUCACACCAUUAUCGUAGCGGGCGCCGGCCUGCGGGCCGCCGACAUCGUACGGGCUGUAAGGAAGUUCCAGUCCAAGAAGAGCACCGUCUCGAAGCUUUUUGCGAAGCACAUGAAGGUCGAGGAACAGGUCAAGUUCCUGCAGAACACGCGGACGGGCAUCGCGGUCGGCACGCCGGCGAGACUUAUGGAGUUGGCCGAUAACGGGGCAUUAUCACUGGAGAAGCUGCAGCGUAUCGUGGUGGACGCGUCCCACAUUGACCAGAAGAAGCGCGGCAUCAUGGAUAUGAAGGACACGAUGUUGCCGCUUGCGAGGUGGCUGACGCGGCAGGAGUUCCGGGAGCGUUAUGUGGACGACAAGAAGCAUUUGGACUUGCUGUUCUACUAAAGGGGGUGCGAGAAGAGGUUGGGGAGGCAAGGAGGAGGGAUCCCUCACAGGAAGACAAUGAGGGGAAGCUGUGAACGUGUGUCACGAUGACUGGAGGCAUAUGGCUGUACACAUAUCUCAGCACACUGCGGCACUCAAGGUCGCGAUUUAGAGGGCGAUGCAUUGCCCACGAAUGAUUCGAUGGAGCAUCAGCGGCCAUGCUAGCAGCGGUCGGCCGUCUAAUAGAAGGUUCGGUUAGCAGCCAGGGCAAAUCAGAAUACAAAGCGAGAGACGCUUCCACUUGAAGAUGAUAUGUCUCUCGUCUUGUUCAUGUACC